AUGCGACCGAUACUUUUAUUCCUGCUGAUACCGCUCGCACUAUGCCUUCAACCAGACCCCUCCUGCGUGGAACCAUCUGAACCAGAAAAGGACUGCGACUCGACAAACUACGAAACUUACGUCGACUGCCAGCGACAAAAAAUGGCAAGAAGAUCGAAACGAAACAUCUGCCAAUCGGAGUGCGAUGGCGACAACUGCGUCGAAGAGGAUUCCUGCGGAGGAUGCGACUGCGAGGAAUGCAGCAGUUACAGUAACUCGCAGUGUUGUUCCUCCUGCUGUCGAGCCACAAGGUGUAGAACAACAUCCUGCUGCCAACGAACAUGCAGGACUACUUGCAGAGAUUCCUCCUGCAGAAAUUCCUGCAAAAAAUCCUGCUACAACGGCAUAAAUCCCACCCCUGUUCCAGAUAAACAAUCAAAAACCAAUGCAAAUACAAACACCACCAUAAACAAUGUUAAUAAACACAAUGUUACAACAAUUAUCCAUUUAAACAAUAUUAUUAAUACUACAAAUGUGAUAGACGUUCCAAUAUCUUUGAAUAAUACUAAUAUUAAUAACAUAACUUACUAUACCGAUGAAAGUGGUGGAAAUGUAGCCCCAGUUUAUCUUCCUGCACAAGGACCACAGGGGCCUCCUGGGUUGCCAGGUUCGCCUGGAAGUCCAGGAAUCCCCGGAACGCCCGGUUAUCCAGGUUUUCCAGGGCAAUCGGGUUUUCCGGGUCAAGCAGGUUCGACACCAAAUGCACCCAACCCACCGAACCAACCGGUUCAGCCAAAUCAACAACCACAACCAGGUUGCUGUACGGUUGUUGGACCCAGGCAAUGCGUUAGAACUGAUACCUUUCCAUUCGUAAAUUGUUUCCAUUACAAGACCAACACUUGUGGGGACAUUUGUAAAUCCAAUAUCAUGCAUGUGCAACCUAGACAGGUUUGUUCAGCAGUUCCCUUUCAACCCCCUCAGUGUCAACAACAAAUAGCGUACAUUCCACAACCUCAGCCUAAAUGCGCUUAUCAGUCCACCUGGCCUUAUGUAUCCUGUGGAAUUCAAAACCAACAAACAUCAUGCGAAGGUUGCUACGAACAUUACUACGAAGAAGGACGAAAAAACCAACAAAAUUGCAACCCUUCUUGCUAUGAUGAUGGUUUUGGUAUGGGGCCUCUAUACAGACAGGGUCCAAUGUAUCGGCAAGGCUUUUCACAUGUACCUUCAUGCUACCAAACCAAUACUUGUGGUGGAUACCCCGCAAACAUGAACUUCGGAUAUGGAUAUGGAUAUGGGAAUGGAAUGGUUGGAGGUUUUAUGAAUCCGUACUAUGGUGGAAUGCCCAUGGCUUCUGGUAUGGGUAUGGGCACCGAAAUGGGUAUGAUGGGAACCCCCAUGUAUGGCAAUCCUUACCCAUCAAAUGCUAUAUAUCCUACACCAAGUAAUGGAAGUGACUUGCCUUUUUGGAUGAAUGGGACAAACACAUAUCCUACAGAUGAAAAUGUACCUGAAGAAGAAUUAAGAAAAAUUUUCAAUAAAAGAGCAGUCAAAGUGCAAGAAGAGAUUGUACCACCUGGUACAUACAACGUGGGGCCAUUUAAAAUCACAAAAACUUUCCCCAAUUUCAUAGCCCCGGAUUUGCCCCCAAUAGAAAAGGUUCCACUCGUUACCGAAGAAGUUUCAGAAAAGGAGGCUGAUGCCAAAGUGAUUAUUUCAACAGGACGUCAUCAUCAUCACCACCAUUCAAAGCACCUCCAGAAAGAAGAACAUAUUAAAAAAGGUUAA